AUGCCGUUGGUUCAACCUCAGCCUGAUUUAGCAUUGGUGGGAUUCGGAGCGGCUGGUUUAGUAUACGAAGUUGGUGACGAUGUUGUUUUCAAGACCUGUCAAGUCGAAGAAGUCCCUUCGAGUGAUACCUCUGGUGACGAUCGACGCUGGAGCGUGCGUGACGCGCCCUUGGGCUUCUUGCUGAUAUUUGUCGACAGAAAUGGCAAUUUGGCCCUGCCAGAAAUAGGGACCGGUCAUCAAGGCAUUGAUACGAUCAUUCGAAAAGCAUGCUUAGGAGAGGUCAGCUCCAAUUCGCAGAUGCUAACACAUCCUGAUUCCAUUAACACAGAUAUGAAACACAUUGCUCAUGAUGUUACUCCACCCCGCCGUCAGUGGAAAUCUUAA